AUUUGCACCGGGGCCAAUCACAACCUUGUUACGCCACUGGGUUAGGGUCAAAUUCCAUGUCACAUUUCCCUGUGGCUCUGUGUGACCAGCUGAACAACUCGACAGCCUGUGACCAACAGAGAAAGCAGAGCCAUUGCAAGAAAAUGACCAUGCCCUCACACAAAGCAGCACACUGCAUCCCGCCUCACGCCCUGACCCGGCUGGCACGAGAAUGGCUGGCAGAAGACACACCGAACUUUGACCCAGCGGGUGCUUGUGUAGGGUCACAGGAGGUGGAGGCCAGGCUGCUGUGUAAGACCCCACACAGCGUUCUGGCAGGGAGCCCCUUCUUCACAGCAGUGUUCACGGAGGUCGGCUGCACCGUGGACUGGGUGUACCAGGAGGGAGAGGAGAUUGGCCCAGGUGCCAUCACGCUGACUGCCGUUGUGAAAGGCCCAGCCAGGUGCCUCCUCUUGGGGGAGCGGUCUGCUCUGAACUGCCUGGCCCGGGCCUCUGGGAUCGCCACACGAUGCUCUCAGCUCCAGGCAGCAGCAGCAGAGAGAGGCUGGCAUGGAGAAGUGGCUGGCACACGCAAGACCACCCCGGGCUUCCGUCUGGUGGAAAAGUACGCCAUGCUGGUUGGCAGUGUGUCCAUGCACAGACAGGACCUGAGUGGAAUGGUGAUGCUGAAGGACAACCACGUGUGGGCAUCAGGAAGUAUCACACAGGCUGUGAGAGAGGCCCGCUCAGUGUGUGGCUUCAGCUCUAAGGUGGAGGUGGAGUGCCAAUCGGCAGACGAGGGCCGAGAGGCGGCCGCAGCAGGAGCAGACAUCGUGAUGCUGGACAACUUUCAACCUCAGGAGCUCCAUGUUGCAGCUCAUGUUCUGAAGGAGGAGUUCCCAGCCCUGCUGAUCGAGGCGAGUGGAGGAGUGACUCCAGAGAACUUAGCUAUGUAUUUCUCCCCACACGUGGACAUCAUUUCUCUGGGCUGCAUAACACAGGGCUGCCCAGUUGUGGAUUUUUCUCUCAAGGUUCAAAAGCCUGCUACACCCCAAGCCUUCUAGAAAGAUAAACACAACAAGUGUGAUGUACAAACAGUCCCACGAUGAUUCAAUUAGAAAAUGUGAGCGGAAACUUUUUUAACAUGUUCAUUUAUUUCCUUUCACACCUGCAAUAUCAGUGGUUUACUGUUGCUGAAACUUUAGAAGUAGCUGACAUCCUGUUUGCUCACUGUGUCCUCAGUCAUUUGAUAAGCAUCACUUGAUGACUAGGUUUUGUCAAACUUGAAAAGCUAAAAAAUGGAAAUAUGCAUUCCGAUAAAGGAGCACGUUUGUUUUAUUGAUGAGCAGAGAUCUUGCAGACAUACAGAAUAAAAGGGUAUUUAAGGUCAA